UCAAGCCCUUUGCACUCUGUAGAAUCAAAAGCUUAGAGCUUGCAACAAUGGCGUCCAAGAGAAUAUUGAAGGAGCUUAAAGACUUGCAGAGAGACCCGCCGACAUCUUGCAGCGCAGGGCCUGUGGCAGAGGAUAUGUUCCAUUGGCAAGCAACCAUUCUUGGUCCUUGUGACAGUCCCUAUGCCGGUGGAGUUUUUCUUGUUACCAUUCAUUUUCCUCCUGAUUAUCCCUUCAAACCUCCUAAGGUUGCCUUUAAGACGAAGGUGUUCCAUCCCAACAUAAACAACAAUGGCAACAUUUGCUUGGAUAUCCUCAAAGAACAAUGGAGUCCGGCCCUCACAAUAUCAAAGGUUUUGCUCUCAAUUUGCUCACUAUUGACCGACCCAAACCCGGAUGAUCCACUGGUUCCUGAGAUUGCUCAUAUGUGCAAGUCUGAUAAGGUCAAAUAUGAAUCCCAAGCUAGGAGCUGGACCCACAAAUAUGCAAUGGGUUAAUAUAAUGUGUCACAAAACUUUGGACCUUCAUUAUAAUAUAUGAAUCAUUUUCUAUCA